GAGAAAUAGAAAGAAAAAGAGAGAAAAGAAUGGGUGAAGAAUCCUCUUCCACGAAGAAGGUGACUCUUAGAACCUCCGACGGAGAAGUGUUCGACGUCGAACAGUCAACGAUCGCAUCCCAAUCGCAAAUAAUCAGCUACAUGGUGGAAGAAAACUGCGCCAACGACGUUAUACCGCUACCUACCGUAACGGCCAGAGUUCUCUUCAAGGUGAUAGAGUAUUGCAACAAACACGCCAAAGGCAGAGGACGACAGAAAGACAAUAACGAUUUGAAAGGCUGGGAUAGGGAGUUCCUGAGCGGCAUGGACAUCAACCUCGUUUUCGACCUCGUCCUGGCCGCUAAUUACCUGGACAUCAAUGGUCUGCUGGACCUCACUUGCCAGUACAUGGCCGACCACAUUAAUUAUAUGACCCCUGAGGUGGUACGCAAGGUCUUCAAUAUUGAGAAUGAUUUUACUCCGGAGGAGGAAGCUAAGUUCCGUGAGGAGAACGAAUGGACCGUUGAAUAGGAUUUUUUAUUUUUUAUUUUUAAUGAUAUUAGAUUAUACAGUUAAAAAGAUAAGAAAAAAAGAAAAAGAAAAUAGUAGAGUAGAUUGUAGUUGGUUGAUUGAUUAAUUGAUAGAUAGAUUCAUUUUUUCUAUUUUUGCUUUUGGUAACAAAAAUACUGCAAAUUUAUACUAUUUCGUUGUGAAAAGCAUGCAUCUGAUAUGAGUUUCUUCGUUUUUGGUGGUUAUUAACCGUUAUUAUUUUUCUUAUUUUAAUUAAUUUGGAUUUUUUUAAUAUUUAGGGUUAGGGUUUUGUAAUUUUUUGUAGUUGGUAUUUGUCUUGAAUUGUUUUCUACAAUACA